AUGAAAAAUAGAAAAGGAGAAAGACACCUCUCUUAAACAAGUCCCGCAAGGGGCGUCUCUUAGAGACAGUCGAAACAAGACUGGGUGAAGGAGAGGUGGUGUUUCGGUUCUCUCUCUCUCCAGUCCUCUCCUGGUGGAUCGUAUCUUCUCCGGCUCGUCUCCCUCGGUUGAUCCGGCCGGCGAUCUAGGUCAAUAAUCUCAACGAAAAAGUUAAGCUCGAUGAGCUGAAGAAGUCGCUGAACGCAGUGUUCUCGCGGUUCGGGAAGAUAGUGGAGGUGUUGGCGUUUAAGACAUUGAAGCACAAAGGGCAAGCUUGGGUUGUGUUCGACAAUCCCGAAUCUGCUUCCAAUGAUAUUUCCAAGAUGAAUGGGUUCCCCUUCUACAACAAACCCAUGAGAAUACAAUUUGCAAAAAGAAAAUCAGAUGUUAUUGCCAAGGCCGAUGGUACUUUUGUUCCUCGCGAGAAACGAAAGCGACAGGAGGAGAAAGGUGAAUGGAUCAAGAGACUUGAGGAAGGGUCAUCAGAGAGAGGAGUACGCAGCAAUACAGGUUGUUCCAGAUGCGACCAACACGUGCGACUUGCUGGUGGUUCGUUCCUGAAAGUUUCUUCUCAUCUUCAAGGGCGUCUAAUGCAGAGCUCUCAUGGCGGCGAAAGUGGUGACACUCACAUGCUUAUAUUGCUUGCUCGAGAAGACUAAUACACUAAGCCGAAACGAUUUACAGUGAUUCAGUCUCCUCGAAACAGAGAUCAUCUCAUCGAGCAGUAACAAAACCGAAUACGACACAUUCAUCUAGAAAUAGAUUUUCAACGUCCUCUUUCAGCAAUGAGAGGCGGUUUUCGAGAACGUGAAAAUGCAUGAAAGCAAGUAUGGGGAAAAGAGUUUUUUCGUUAACACUUGGCAUCAUACUAAAGUUUCAUUGUUUUGUCGUCUCUACGGAUCUGUCGACUUAAUAGCGAUAGCUCAGAUGGGUUAACGUUUUUAACAUAAACGUAUAGAUGAAUAAAAAAUCUUAAUUGAUGCUAUGAUUAUAUUGAGAGGAUUGAUAAAUCAACUAAUCGAACUUGAAGUUGAAAGUUUAUCGUCGAAAAAAAUAUAGAUGGUAUGAAAUUAUUUUAAAGGAAUGUUAGUGUAUACGCAUUAAAUCCACAGUUUUAGUAAGAAACGUUCUCUGCGUGACACCUAAACGUUCUCUGUGUGACACCUAAACGUUUUAUUAAAUAAAAAUCACGUCACCACGUUACAUUUCUUGCCAAUAAAUUUUUAAGAUAAGUUUUAAAAAUUUCUCCUUUAAUAUGCAUGGGAUAUCAUGCUUCGUCCGUCAUGUCCCAUUUUCAACCAUUCACAGACUACUAUGUAUAUGCUCUUCUUAUCUCUCUCGUAUUGCUACUAUUUUCUGCUCAAAGUUGUAGAACCAAUUAGUUUGAAUACCACAGAGUCAAACACAUGUCAAUAUCGUUAUUUGCAUUAACUCUCCCUUCUUUGGCCGUAAGCUCUUGUAGACCUUUGAAAGUCGAUCCCGAAAUUUCAGGAGUUUUUUUCUUGAAUGUUACGCACUGUUAAUAGUAAAACCAUAGUCAGUCGUCAUGACUCAUACACGCGGUAUAGUGAGUCAUGGUUACAGCAUCUUAAAAAAAA